GUAAUUGGGAUUUUAAUUCUACUGUUUUUUACACAAUAGAAGAUUUAGCAGAGUCCUAAUUUAAGAUUAUGUGAUAUUGCAACUUGGAAGCCAUGAGCACAGAACAAAGGCAUAGAAAGAUGAGUUACCCACAAAACUCAAGAAUGGCCUGAAACUUUCAGAGAGCUGCUGCUAUGGCUACUACAGUGAACUUGGAGCUUGAUCCCAUUUUUUUGAAAGCCUUGGGCUUCUUGCAUUCGAAGAGUAAAGAUUCUGCUGAAAAGCUGAAAGCACUUCUUGAUGAGUCUUUGGCCAGAGGAACCGAUUCAAGCUAUCGUCCUUCUCAGAAGGAAGUAGAGCAACCAAAAGUAUCUGUUACCAAACCUGUUUCCAGUAAGCAAGAGCCUAAAGCGUCUUCUAGUUUGCCUUCAGGCAACAACAAUGGCAAGCCGACUGUAUCAGAGAAGGUGAAAAAAGAAACAGAAAAGAGAUCAGGUGACAAAAUAAAAGUGGAAGCUGCUGAAGGAGUUGAUGCUCCAAAGAAACCAAGACUAGAGAAGCAAGAGGCUCGUUCGUCUCCUAUUACGGUUCAGACGAGCAAGGAUUUAUCCAUGCCUGAUUUAUCUAGCUUUGAGGAAACUAGUGCUGAUGAUUUUGCUAUGGAAAUGGGUUUGGCCUGUGUUGUUUGCAGGCAAAUGACAGUUACUUCUGGGAAUCAGUUAGUGGAGUGUCAGGAGUGCCAUAAUCUCUACCACCAGGAUUGCCAUAAACCUCAGGUGACAGACAAGGAAGUGAAUGAUCCUCGACUGGUUUGGUAUUGCGCACGCUGUACCAGACAGAUGAAGAGAAUGGCUCAAAAGACACAAAAACCACCUCAAAAAACAGCUCCUGCUGUGGUUUCAGUUGCGCCAGCUGUGAAAGAUCCAUUGGUCAAGAAGUCAGAAAUUAAGUCAAAACUUGAUAAUCCACCAGCUUUUCUAGCGUUCAAGAGAACAGAAGUCAAGACCUCAACAGCAGUUUCGGGGAACUCAGCCAGUACAAGUGUUUCCUCUUCAGCAACCAGUGGCCUUACAGGAUGGGCUGCUUUUGCAGUCAAAACCUCCUCUGCCAGUCCCUCAACUGCCAAACUGGGAUCAACAGCACAGAGCGCCAGUGGGAAACCUGCGGCCUCUUCUAAUAAUCAGAAACCUGUGGGUUUGUCAGGGUUGGCAACUUCCAAACCAGGACUAGGGUCAAAAAUAGCUUCGGCUAACAACAACACAAACCCUGCUCAGCUGAAGCCUCCUCCACCUCUGACACUGGGAAAAACCACUCUCAGCCGUUCGGUAAGCAGCGACAACGUCAGCAAAGUAGGUCUUCCUAGUCCCAGCAGUACUACGCCAAGUAGCAGCAGCCAGGUACCCAGCGGGAAUGGCAACAGUGGGACCACGGGUAACAGCGGGGGCAGUGCAAGCAAAACAGCAGCAGAUACUGGUAAUCAGUCAGCCUCCCUAAAAGGCCCAACUUCUCAGGAGUCUCAGCUCAAUGCCAUGAAAAGGUUACAAAUGGUCAAGAAGAAAGCUGCUCAAAAGAAACUCAAGAAGUAACAUAGCUGCUUGUUAAUUUUAUUGGUUGUGUUCUGUAAAACAACAGCAUUGAUAUUUUUCUUAAAGAAAAUCCCACAGUUACUAGACUGAAACAGUAGUUAAAUCAGGGAAGACCAAAACCUACGUUCUACAGGAGGUCAGGCUUAGAUGAUCCUAGUAGUUCUCUCUGACUUCACAAAUCUAUGAGUCAAAUACAAUAGAGGAAUAUUCAUUAUAAUAUGCCUCCUGUUUUUUAGCUCAAAGCACUGAACCGUGACAUUGUUAAACCUGGAUUUUUUCUCACGUAUUUAAAAAAAAAAA